CGCAGGGUCAAUGCGUUAUCAUGAGCACGGAUGACCUCUACGAUCUACAGAGACAGGAGGAUUCAUUGAAACAUAGCCCCAAUGCAACAUUGCCGUUAUACCAUGGCGGCUUGAUCACUAGGCCGAAGUACGGCCGGCGCGCAGAUAUCAAUAUACCGCCUGGGCAUACCAUGGAUACUGCAUUUUCAAGCGGUGCUGCUGCCAAGGCUGUUAACUCCUGGAGUGAGAACAACGUGCUUUCCCGUUUGAUGUCCCCUGUUAUACAGGCCGCAUCGCAGAACAGAGUGGUCACCAACAUCGAUCCUCUAGGCAAUACAUCUGCUCGGCUACCCGACGGCGUCACCAGCGGAGACCCGGAGCGGGUCGCCACGCCGAUGCGCUGUUGUUGGGGUACAUGCGACGCGAAUAUCGAAGACGCGACUUGCCGAGGCGUCAUAAGGCAUCUCAGGGAGGCACAUAUACAGGAUAUAACGGGAGAAAACAUCCAGUGUCGCUGUGGCCCUUGCAUAUCCAUCAUGGAUGGGCCAUCCAGGAUGGGCAUACAUGUCGCUGCGAUUCAUCUGCAUCUGACCGUGAAGAUAUGCCCAUUUUGCGGGGAAUUUUUCGGCAUGCUUUCACCCAUGGAGCGGCAUAUCGUCAAAGUCCACAGCGGGCGGCGAGAAUAAUGUCCUUCGUGAAGCGCACACGGCAAUGUGCUUAGCGACAUGCACUUGCUAUCAAAGAGCAAUUUCUGGUUACAAAGCGACGUGUGUAUGAUAUCGGAUUGUGCGAAGCAAAGAAACAUCCGUGAUACAUUCGAUGACACGUGAACAGUGCAUGUUUUGACACUCCCGAGAGCCGCUCUCCCUUGUUCUGUACUACUCCCCCUCUAAUACAAUUCAGGCGUCGUUCUGAGCUGUCCUGC